UGGUUCAUAUAAUCAAACAGACUCAUACAUGAUAAUUCCAUCAGUUGAUGAUCUCUAAUGGAUGAUCCUUCCAGUUCCAGACCUUCCUCCUCCUCUUCCACAAAUGUCUUCCUCAGUUUUAGAGGCCCCGACACUCGAAAGAGCUUUGUCUGUCAUCUCCACGGAGCUCUGGAACGGAAAGCAGUCAGUGCCUACCUUGACACUGAAAAUCUCAGAAAAGGCGAUGACAUAUCGGAUCUACUGAAAGCCAUUGCCGAAUCAAAGAUUUCGAUUGUAGUUUUCUCUAAAAACUACGCGUCUUCCAUAUGGUGCUUGAAGGAACUGGUCAAGAUCAUGGAAUGCAAUAAGGCGCCGCAGAAGCAGCAGGUUGUGCUUCCCAUUUUCUACGAUGUAGAACCAUCCGACGUUCGUUACCAGAAGGGAAGUUUUGCCGAAGCUUUUGACAAGCACGAACAACGCCAUGGAAAGGACAACGAGGAACUGCAGAGCUGGAGAACCGCUUUAAGGGAAGCCUCCAACAUAUCUGGAUCUUAUUCCAACGAUUAUCAAGACGAUGUCAGGCUAAUUGAUGAUGUUGUAAAAAGUGUCUUUAACAAGUUGCUUCGCAUAUCGUCAAGUAGUAAAGAGAGUGGUUUGGUUGGAAUUGAGUCACGCAUACAAAUAAUGAAACUAGUACCGCCUUUUCAUGAUCAGAUAUAUAAAGUUCGCAAAGUAGGAAUCUGGGGAAUGGGCGGCAUCGGUAAAACUACCAUUGCUACGGCAGUUUAUAACCGACUUCGUUCCCAGUUUCAUUGUAGUUGCUUUGUAGAAAAAAUCAAGAUACACCUCCAGGAGGGUGGAAUAAGACUGCUGCGAUACAUUCUAUCUCGUUUGUUGGACUCUGACCAAGUGCAUCAAAUAGGCACUUUGGAAGAGGGGUAUAACAGAAUGGAAGGGCUAAAAGACCGUAGAGUUCUCGAUGACGUAGACAAACGAGAGCAGAUUGAUCCCUUAUUAGAUGGAUCUUCAUUUGGUUAGAUGGAUCUUCAUUUGGUUAGAUGGAUCUUCAUUUGGUGAAGGAAGCAUAAUAAUUGUAACAACUAGGGAUCGUCAUCUUCGUAUUCUGUUGAGUUAUUAAGUGAAACCGAAGCUCUGGACUCUUGAGCCAGUAUGCCUUUGAAACAACCGAACCCUCAGAAGAGCAUAAUCAUCUAUCAAAGCGUGUUGUAAAUUAUGCUAAAGGUUUGCCUCUAGCACUUGAAGUCAUGGGACGUCUUCUUGUUGACAAGAGUGCAA